AUGCCCAGAAAGCGACGCAGGCUUCGCUCCCAGGGCUCCAUGACCUCAGAUCCGAUGCUGCCCACUUGGCCGCCCACCAAGGUUCCAGUCGAAAUAUUUGACGAGAUCACCACAUAUCUGUCUCGUUCAGACGUUAAGAAUCUCCGUCUGGUUAACCAUGAGUUCGAUCGAAUGGUCUCGGCGAAGUAUUUUCGUAAUGUCGUGGUCCCCUUCCGCUCGGAGAUGUACCAGGCCAUGAAACAGAAGACGUCUCUGGAGGACGACGACAAUGAGCAGGCGCAGCCGGGCAAAGAUACACUCUUUUCGAGUGGCACGCGCAUUCUCCAGUCUUUUGGCGACCAUAUUCUGCGUUUCGCCCUAUCCCUCGAGAUCGAUGAGGAGAGCCUUGCGUACCCACCCAUUAAGCCUACCCAGAAGGCCAUUACCUCGUACUGGGGCAUCUACCGAUGGCCUCACGAGUCCUACCUUCGAUACACAGAACUUGAGGGACUGGAGCAGACUGCCGACGAGACACCUUCUAUGAAGAAGGCUCUGAGUUAUCUGGUUCAUGUUCAGGAACUGGGACUGUGUUGCGACGCAGGACUGGGCUACCUCUUGGGCCCCGAUCAGCAUUUGGAGAGCCCACCGUUGCCGCAUCCCGUCUUUGGCCUCCGCAACUUGCGGUACCGAACGCUGCAGCGACGCCUAGCCCGAGCUGAUUCAGACGCUAUGAACGCCCGUAAACUCGCCUUCGAAAGUCCCCGAGAUUUCAAGUACACCGUUCUUGAAUCAAUGGUCAGGAAUGCCGGAUACACGCAGGACCAAUCCAGGGAUGCUAUCGCGAUGCUCUUAAGCACUGAGAACGUCUCCUUGACAAGUAUCGACUUCGAUGAGCGUACCGCGGCUGCGGCCGCCGCUCUGGCCAACCCUGAGAGCCAGAGUACCAACCGUGUCGCCCUGCACCACGUCAAUGCUGCCCCUAAUCAGGAGCAGGAUGAAAACUUCACGCGGACUAUGGUAGCGGCACUUAACGAUACGGCCGUGGGUCACCCACUGCAGCCCAGAAACUUGACAAGAGGGCAGAAGGAGAUGUUAUUGGAAUUAGAGUGGGCACACCGAGCUCUCAUUCAAUCAUACGUGAUUGCGCUCAUUGAUAACGCUCAGCUGAACAGUUUCAACUCGCUGACAACGCUAACGAUUGCCAAGAUACCCAGCAGUCACAUCUUCAUGUUCCAGAGACCGGACUUUUGGCGGAGCUUGCCCAACCUAACAAACGUCGCUCUGGCCGUUGUCGCCGAUUGGCGCCAAGUAGCCAAGGUGGCGCCUGGCUGCGUCGAGGAUACCUUCGUAUCUCCCGUGGAUUCUGUUGCCAAAGUUUACCGCUUGCUCCGGGAUCACGUCGCAAAGCAAGAGAAUAUCAAGUUUCUCCAUUUCGAGUGGAUCUGCGGCGGCGAGUUUGCACCCGGCAUGACUCAGCGCAACCUAUAUGUGCUUCCAGCUCCGCUUUGCUCGCCUGAGCAGAUGGUACACCCCGAAACUGCAAUAUCGCCAGGCGUAUUGCUAUCACUGCCGCACGUCAAACACCUGUCGCUGAAGAACUGCUAUGCUGCACCCCACGUCUUCCUCCAGGCACUCCGAACGAUGGCACAGCAGUCAUUGCAGAAACUCGAAUUGGAAAGCGUAUCUCUCACAGGUUCGCCCACACGGGACCAAGGCCACGUGAAUGCUGUGUUCCAUCCGCAUGCCCAUGUCGUUGGGGCACCCGUUCAAAUCCAGGUACAGGCUCAACAGGCAGCUCAGCAGCAACCGCCCGCAUUGCCACCCGCCCCUCUUCAACCGCAAGCCAAUUUGCUCCCGGCUCUGGUCUCCAAUCAAGCGGGUACUUUGGUGCUGCCGCCGCUCCAACAUCAUAUGGGCAUCACAGGCGCCGGACUGCUUCAAGGCCCUCCUCCAUUACCACCGGCGAACCAAGUCCCUCAUCCACUGCCGGAUCCGAUCCCUAACUGGAGCAGGAUGCGGCUUAGACAGCCGAGACUGUUGUCGUGGGCCGGCAUUCUUGAUCGCCUUUCGCCGGCGCUUUCAAUCCAAGAGUUACUUGCCAGUCAAGGAGAUGAAACAGACGGAGGCGAUCGGGUGGAUGAUGUUGUGCAACGAGACGAUGGUUUCUCUUUCAUUCCGCGUCCGCGUGGUCUCGUCGGCGAGAAGACCUCCUUGAUGCUUAACCACCUAUCGCUCAAGUCGUGCGGCUACGUGCUUGUGGAUGUGUCCUCUAUCGACAACACUGGCAUCUUAGGUGCACACUCUCCUAGGCAAGCGCCACAGGACGUUAUAGCGCGGCGCAGAGAGCUGGCGCCUUUCAUGCAGGUGUGCACCGAUAGACUCGCAGCCAAGAUCACCAACCACUUGACGAGCCAGGAGCACUUCAAUCUGGCCACUGCAUUUGGCGUGGAUACGGAGUGGGCCAGUGUGUAUGACGAAGCAGUCAUUGAAGCUGCCAAGACGGACGGCAUCAUGCAUCCUGGCAGAGGACGCUUUAGUGGAACAAUUAUCAAGUCGGCGCAGCAGAGCUGA